AUUCAGGUGUGCUUGCACCUUCCCCUUCACAUCUCUCUGUCCUUCAACUUGCUCUCUGACGGAUACUAGCCAUAUACAGACUUCAACACUACAUCUUUCUGAUUCAACCAGAUUGCAGAAGGAUGCUGGCGACUCUUGAGACAAUGGCAUACAUGCCUGAGCUGGGCCUUAGCGGAGAGCAUGAGGGCUGGGGCGGUCAUUCCACGGCCGAAGUGGAUCUGGAGGUGAUCGAGGAGUACCUGCAGGAGCACUCCCUGGAAGUGCUGCCGCUACGCAGGCCAGCCACCCCACCUGCCACCCCCACUCAGCCCACACUCACACACCCACACUCACACCCGGAGACCACAAUCAUAGAGAACAGUUGGUCAGGCCAACAUGCAUAUGAGUGGAACUACGGCUCUCAGACACCACAUGAAGAGUAUGAGGAGCAGGCUCCCUCCCAGAUGUGGCCCAGCCCUCACAACAACCACUGGGAUCACAGUGCAUAUUCCUAUGAGACAGCUACCUGCAGUGACUCAGACUCCCAGUCCAGCAGUUCCCAGUAUCCAGACUACCCCUACAGCCCCUCCCCACCAUCGGAGCGGAGAAGUAGGGAGACCAGUGAGACACUGCCCCUCACCCCGCUUUCAGGAAAAAGAAAGGAGCGCUUGUUCCAGUUCCUGUUUGAAAUGCUGGAAACCCCAUCCAUGCGCAGCUGUAUCUGGUGGGUCCAGUCCUCAUCUGGAACCUUCCAGUUUUCCUCCCAGAACAAGGAACGUCUGGCCCAGCUCUGGGGCCACCGCAAGGGAAACCGCAAAACCAUGACCUACCAGAAGAUGGCGAGAGCCCUGAGGAACUACUCAUGCACCGGCGAAAUCUGUAAAGUCAAAAGAAAACUGACCUACAAGUUUGACGAGAGAACGUUACGAGGGCUGCAGGGGAACAAACACACACACAUGGGGACACACAGACUAGAAUAAACACACUAAGCCCCCACACACAAAAUGAUACACAUUCUAGACCACACACACAAAUACAAACUGAGAAUGAACAUGCCUUUUUAGAGCAGCUCUAUAGAAUAGAUUCUUAAUCAAUCCACUGGUACCUUAACAGCCUUUUCUAGGCUUUUCCUUGAUUUCAUUGUUUUAAUAACAUAUUGACUUGGUUUCAUUGUUUAUUGUAUGGCAACAAUUACACAUUCUGUUGUAAUGCCACUAAAUUAAGCAGAGUUGGAUGGAAAAGAAAUCCUGUGGAUUUCAAUUAUCAUGUUGAAAGCUUUUAACAUGCACCUCUAUUGACUUAUAGAGAAUGUUAAUGUGCUAACCCAUCAAGGAAAAAACUGAUGAAUACUGAGUAUUUGAAAUAGCAGGAGAGAAGUCAUUAAACACAAAAAGAUUAUGAGAAUGUGCCAUUGAUGUGCAGAAAUAAGGAUAAGAAAAGAAUAGUAUGUGACUAUGAGAGUACAGUAUUGAUAUUCAUGUUCAAUAUUGACCAUUCCAGUCUGUUGUUGGUAGAUUUGAAAGACAUCUUGUAUAAGCUUGAUGGAUACAUCUUGUCUUUAGCUGGGCUCAGCUGAGAGACUUUGGAUAUUACUCAGCGUACACCUAUCCACAUUUUCAGCAAAAAUCCUGCCAAAUGGUUAGGUCCUUUGAGGCUAUGGACGUCAAGCUGUGGUGAUACGAAGGGAGAAGGCUUUGAACAUUUGUAAAUCUGAGGAUUGUCUGUAUACAAACCAGCUACUUUAUAAGUAGAUUGAAUGAUUCAUGGAACACGAUGAUUUUGCAAUGAAGAAUAGCUUAGUUUUUUUCAACAUUUUGUAAAAGUCUGUGAAUUUUUUUUUUUUCUCCAAUCUGUUUUAUAUGAUCGAAUAAAUAUGAACUUA